CUAUUUGCUUACCUCGUAAGCAUCGAAAGUUCUUAAACAAAAAAUUUUAAAUAAUUUACAAUGGAAUCAACAAUGUAUUUGUUUUUAAUUAUCGGCUUUGUACAACUUGUAUCAGCUAGAACUGCAAAUAUCACCGAACCGGCGACCCCGACUUCACAACCCCAUCCGAGCGUUGUGUGCCCAGAGUUACCGAGUUAUGUUCCAUUGUUACAUUUAUUUCUAGCUCCCAGAAGACAGUCGGAGAAUCUGGCGGACCUGUGUAUGCCAUCUAUUUUGAAAAGAUUUAAAGUGAUCAAUGAUGACAACUCAAUCAAUGUCGACGCGUAUAAAAAAGUGAUCUCUGAAUCACCUGAUAUAGUGGAAUCCUUCAGCCCUGCAGAUUUGGAAAAACAAGUAGAUUUUAUGCGAGAAUGCUCCUCACUAAAGGGUGCUGAUGAAUUUGAAACAUACAAGUUGUUGUGGAGCUGUCUUGGAUCGAAAGUAGCAAACUUUAUGUAGAUAUCAUUAUUAAUUAAUGAUUUAAAAUACUUUUUUUGUACUCUUGUGUACUCUGAG